AAAAUAUACUAGAGAAGUAAUUUGCGUCGGGAGUUUGGGUGUCACGUAUCAAGUGGAGCUGGCCUUUGGUUGGCUCUGGCCUAGUUUGCCGGUCGGUGUUGUGCUUUCGGUCGGCGGGUCGGAAAAGGCCGGUGGAAUAUUGGCCGGCCGGUGUUGCUUUCGGUGCGCUGGCCAUUCGAAUAUUGGCCGGCAACCUCGUCUUCUUUCAUUCAGCUUUGAUCCUGCUAGCCGUCGCUAUCUCAUCAACAUUCAAAAGAGGACCACGGCCAAGAAAUUGCUUACAGAUCAGUUUUUGUCCGAAGGAAAAGAAGCCGGCCGAUGGAGGAAGCAGCAAGCGAAGCUUUCAACCGUCUCCACAUUAUUGAACCAAAGCACUUCGUUCUUGUACAUGGAGCCGGCCACGGAGCUUGGUGCUGGUUCAAGCUUCGAUGCCUCCUUGAAGUCGCCGGCCACAAAGCCACCUGCCUUGACCUUGCCGGCGCCGGAGUCAACCUCUCCCAUCCCUCCUCCAUACUCACUUUUCACGACUACAACAAACCUCUCUUCGAUUUCCUCUCCAUGUUGCCUGAGGGCCACAAGGUGAUUCUGGUGGGACACAGUGCUGGGGGCCUCAGCCUGACUCAUUCACUGCAUCAUUUUGGGGACAAAAUUGAGGUCGCCAUAUUCGUUGCAGCCACGAUGCUUCCUUCUGGUUUCUCCACUGAAGAAGAUGUUAAAGAUGGAGUUCCAGAUUUGUCGGAAUAUGGUGAUGUCUAUAGCAUGGAGUUUUCUUUAGGACGUGACAAACCCCCAACAAGUCUGGCUUUUCGUGAGGAGUUCCAACGCAAGUUAUUGUACCAGCUGAGCCCAAUUGAGGAUUCAGUGCUGGCAUCCAUGCUCCUAAGGCCGGCACCAACUCAAGCACUGCGCUCUGCAAAAUUUGAAGGAAAAGUGAGCGAAGUUAGAAGAAUAUAUAUCAAAACAACCUACGACAAAGUUGUAAAACCAGAGAAGCAAGAAACCAUGAUAAGGAAGUGGCCACCUCAACAAGUAUUUGUCAUGGACACAGAUCAUAGCCCUUUCUUUUCUGCUCCACAGCAGCUCUUUGAACUGAUUAUAAGAGCUUCUGCUUCUACCCUUUGA